GGUCACUCGUGGUUUUCCGCUGCCGCUCUCCAAGCUCCGGGCCCCGCCGUCUCUGCGACGCCCGCGCCCAGGAAACCUCGGUGCGCGCGGACGGACGGGCGGGCGGGCGGACAUGGACUCUGUGACCUUUGAGGAUGUGGCUGUGAACUUCACUUUGGAGGAAUGGGCUUUACUAGAUUCUUCCCAGAAGAAGCUGCACAGAGAUGUGAUGGAGGAAACCCUCAGGAACCUGGCUGCUGUAGGUAUAGGAAAAACACAGGGAGACCCGUGCAUUGAAGAUGACUCUGAAUAUUCCAUGAGAAGUCUAAGAAAUAAAGUUGUGGAAAGAUUGUGGAAACAAAAAGAAGGUAGUCAGUGUGGAGAAAACAUUAGCCAGAUUGCAGAACCUAUUGUGAACAAGGAAACUUCUCAUGGAUUAAUAUUCUGUGAAAACCAUGUGUAUGAAGACACACUCAUUGGUCAUUCAUCCCUUAAUGUGCCUGUGACUGUUCAUACUGGACAACAAAGUAAUGAAUAUAAGAUACAUGAAGAGAGUCUCUAUAAAUUUGGGGAAUGUAAGAAAGCCAUUACUUACCCUGAUUUCUUUCUGAAUCACGAAGGCACUGACACUGGACAGAGAUCCUAUGCAUUUAACCAAUGCGAAAAUUUUUUCCAGAGUCACAGUUACAUUCAUAUACCUGGGAACUCUGAUACUGGAGAAGAAAUGUAUGUGGAUAAACAGCAUUUUAAUGCCCUUACCUAUCCUAGCCUCCUUCAAUAUGUUGAAAAGAUUCACACUGGGGAUAAACCCUAUGUAUGUAAACAGUGUGGUAAAGCCUUUUCUUAUUUGAGUCACAUUAGAAGACAUGAACGAACUCACACUGGAGAGAAACCAUACCGAUGUAAUAUAUGUGAUAAAGCCUUCAGUUGCUUGAGUAGCAUUCCAAGGCAUAAAAGAAUUCACACAGAGAAGAAACCCUAUGUAUGUAAACAUUGUGGAAAAGCCUUUUCUUGGAGUAACCUUCAAAGACAUGAACUAACUCACACUGGAGAGAAACCAUAUAAAUGUAAUAUAUGUGAUAAAGCCUUCAGUUGUAAGAGUAAGUUUCAAGAUCAUGAAAGAACACACACUGGAGAAAAACCAUAUGUAUGUUCACAAUGUGGGAAGGCCUUAGCUUCUUACCAUACCUUUCAGAUACAUAAACGAUGUCACACUGGAGAGAAACCUUAUGUAUGUGAGCUGUGUGGGAAAGCCUUCAUUGCUGUCAGUUCUCUUCGAUACCAUGAGAGGGUUCACAGUGGUGAGAAACCCCACAUGUGUAAGCUCUGUGGCAAAGCAUUCAGUUGUCUCACUUCUCUUCGAUACCAUGAGAGGAUUCAUAGUGGUGAGAAACCCCACAUAUGUUUGCAGUGUGGGAAACGUUUCACUUCUUCCAGUAUCCUUCGAACGCAUGAACGAAUUCACACUGGAGAGAAACCAUAUGUAUGUAAGCAGUGUGGUAAAGGUUUUAUUUCUUCCAGUCACUUGCGGCAGCAUGAGUGGACUCACUCUGAGGAGAAACUGUGUGUGUGUAAGGUGUGUGGUAAAUCCUUCACUGAUCCUCGUGCCCUUCGAUGCCAUGAAAGGAUUCAUACUGGAGAGAAACCCUAUGUAUGUAAGCAUUGUGGCAAAGCUUUUUCUUCUUGGAGUACUCGUAGGAAACAUGAACAAAUUCACACUGUUGAGAAACCUUACAAAUGCAAGUAUUGUGGGAAAGCAUUCACGAAUCCCAUUGCUCUUCAGAAGCACGAGAGGAUCCACAGUGGUGAAAAACCCCACAUAUGUGAGAAAUGUGGGAAAAGUUUUCGUUAUUUCAGUAAGUUUCAAAUACAUGAACGAACUCACACUGGAGAGAAACCUUAUGUAUGUAAGCAAUGUGGGAAAAGUUUCAUUGCUGCUGGUAACUUGCGACAGCAUGAGUGGACUCACUCUGGGGAGAAACUCUGUGUUUGUAAACUGUGUGGUAAAUCCUUCACUGAUCCUCGUGCCCUUCGAUGCCAUGAAAGGUUUCACACAGGAGAGAAACCCUAUGUUUGUACACAUUGUGAGAAAGCCUUUUCUUCUUGGAGUGGUCGUAAAAGACAUGAACAAAUUCACACUGGUGAGAAACCCUACAUAUGUAAGCAUUGUGCAAAAGCCUUCACUAACCCCAGUGCUCUUCGAAAUCAUGAGAAGAUCCACAGUGGGGAAAAACCCCAUGUAUGUGAGCAAUGUGGGAAAGGCUUUCGUUUUUUCAGUAAGUUUCAGAUACAUGAACGGAUUCACACUGGAGAGAAACCAUAUGUAUGUAAGCAAUGUGGAAAAGGUUUCAGUUCUGCUGGUAACUUACGACAGCAUGAGUGGACUCACUCUCAGGAGAAACUGUGUGUUUGUAAACUAUGUGGUAAAUCUUUCGUUGAUCCUAGAUACCUACGACGCCAUGAAAGAAUUCACAGUGGAGAGAAACGUUUUGUUUGUAAACAAUGUGGGAAAUCCUUUUUAAAUUUAAGUAAUUGUCAAAGACAUGAACAAAUCCAUACUGUACAGAAACCAUAUGUGUGCAAGUAGUGUGGGAAAGCCUUUACUCAUCUCAAUUGCCUUAAAAUACAUGGAAGGGCUCACACUAGAGAGAAUGCCUAAAGAAUAUGAAAGGCACUGUCAUGACCUUUCUAGCAAACAAUUCAUAAGAAAAAAAGUGUUAUAUAAUUUGUAGAACUGUCUCUAGUCAUCUUGGAAUAAUUAACAGACAUUAAAGUGCAUAGUAUGAUGAAAACCUUUGAAUAAAUAUGCAAAUGUUUUCUAUUGA